AUGUCUGGAACCUCUGUUGCAACUCCUAUUGCGGCUGGCGUUGCAGCAUCCGUGACGCAUUAUCUAAGGGAGUUGCCAAAGGAUACCGACAAGGACUUGGACUUCCUUCUUUCCAAGCUCCGCGACAAGCAAUCGAUGGUAGCAGUACUUCUGGAGCUCACCGAGAAACGAAAAGGGUUCAAUUACAUCGCGCCCUGGAUACUGUUCAAUGGUACCAGGGCGGCCGGGGUUGCUCAAGUUCUCCUGGACAAGCUGCGUUGA